UUUGCCUUUUCCAGAAUUUGUUCAUUGUGUGCCAAGGCAGAAGCUGCAUUUCUCUGUUGCUGAGAAGCGCAAGUGCGUCAUAAUAUCAAGGGCAAGGAGAUAGGAACGAGGUUUCAUCUGGACAGUAGAAGAUAAGAGGAUCAAGAGUAGGUUCCAUGCAUUAACAGCCAAGGCAGAGUUCCAGGAGGAACUGUGAUUAAUAGACAUGCCAUUCUCUGGGGAACAAAGAAGGAAGAUGGUCUCAGGUAACCCGAGAUCCGUUGGUUAAAGAACCAACAUGAAAGUGAGACCAGGAAAAGCAAAGAGGAGAGGAAAAAUCUCACCAAGGAGCCAACAGAGUUUGAGGGCAGGCAGAAGAACCAGGCAAGAAACUCCAAAAAUCUAAAGAAUUCUGAUGAUUACUCAAGAAGGUAAAGCAAAAAAAAAGAGAAAAUGGCAGCGACGGGUGAGAAACAAAUCUACGUUGUAACCGGUGGCUCUGGUUUUCUGGGGAAACACCUCGUCCAGAUGAUUUUGGAUCAGGAGCCUAACCUUGCAGAAGUGCGUGUUUUUGACUUGCAUCUGGAUGAAAGCAUGCAGGACCUCGACAGAGUGACUCUGAUCCAGGGAGACAUCACCAACCCGGAUGAUGUGAAAGCUGCUGUACGAGGGUCUCACGUGGUCAUCCAUACUGCCAGCUUGGUAGACGUUUGGGGCAGAGUCGCGCCUGAGAAAAUCAGUGCGGUCAAUGUUGGUGGAACUCAGAACGUAAUUGACGCCUGUGUAUCGGAAGGAACCCAGUACUUGGUGUACACCAGCAGCAUGGAAGUGGUGGGACCCAAUAUAAAAGGAGUUCCUUUCUACAGGGGAAAUGAAGACACCAGAUACGAGGUGAUUCACAAGGAGCCUUACCCAAUUAGCAAAGCUAAAGCGGAAAAGCUGGUCAUUGAAGCAAACGGACGACUGAUGGAAAAUGGGAAGCGUCUGCAUACUUGCGCUCUUCGGCCCACGGGCAUCUACGGGAGGAACCAUCCACUGAUGAAGGAGUUCUACGAGCAAGGCCUUCGUACAAAGAGGUGCAUGGUCCGGCUUAUUCCAGCCUCCGUCGAGCAUGGCAGGGUGUAUGUGGGGAACGUGGCUUGGAUGCAUCUGCUUGUCGCCCGGAAGAUCCAGGAGUGCCCCACGGUCAUUGGGGGCCAGGUGUAUUUCUGCUACGACGACUCCCCUUACAAGAGCUAUGAGGAUUUCAACAUGGAGUUCCUGAGGCCCUGUGGUUUCUCUCUUCUGGGCUCCCGGCCUCUGGUGCCCUACUUUCUGCUCUACUUCAUCGCUCUCUUCAACGCCUUUUUGCAGUGGCUGCUGAAACCGUUCUGCACCUAUGCCCCAAUCUUCAAUCCUUACACCCUGGCUGUGGCCAGCACGACCUUCACGGUCGAGACAGACAAGGCCCAGAGGAACUUUGGCUACCAGCCUCGGUACACCUGGGAAGAGAGCCGGAACUCCACCGUGAAAUGGCUUCAGGAGAUGGACGCCCAGAGACAGACGGGUAAAAAUGCACUGGCCAAAGUGGAAAGGACAGGAAACCAAGAGCAGAAAGAUGCCUCCAAUGGAAAUCAGCCUUGACGUUUGCAGCCACUGGGUUAUCGGGGACUGACCUCAUAUCCCUGAUAUGGUCCCAUUGGGGUUUGUCAUCUCGGUUGUCUGUGGCCCUGAAUUUUGCUGUCACGCACUGAUCACUUAACAAAUCGCCUGCCUUUUGCCUUGAUUUGGUCCCUAACUUUUGAAAGCACUGUCCUGAAGUAAACAAAACAACAACAAGGCAACCCAAGAGAUGAAGAAGACAUGGUGUAUCUCUGGAAAUCAGCUCCAGGAUAAGAUCCACCGGUUUUCUCUAAAGAGAAAUCAAGCACCAGCGAGUUCCAUUUUGAAUGUGAACAUUGUGUAGUUCAGCUCAUCAUCUCCCGGUGAGAGCCAUGUGCUUUUUCAGGCUGUUCUAUAAUGACCCCCUGUUUCAGAUUUCGGUGUUUUGCACAUUCCACAUCUCAAUUGGAUGGGAACCAUCGACUUCCACAUCGAGCUCCUGUCCCGGGGUUCUUCAUCCAUUAAUUACCCUUGGCAAUCUUGAUUUACAUGCCACAAAUAAGCAAGGGACCAGGGAGUUUCUAGACACAGGGUGCUUUCCACCUCAUGUAUCAUUUCUUCCUUGGUGUAAUGGGUUCUUGAUAGAGAUGGGCAUGAACCAGUACAUCUCAGUUCAUCUCAGUUCGUCACCUCCUCUGGCUCAAUGAGCCACUUGCCAGGCCCAGCAUCCUGCAUCCCCUCAACUGAUCUUCCAGUCCCGGGCAACAGCUCAGGCCCCUCUGUCCUGCCUUCGUGGCUGAUCUCCCAUUCAGACAAAAGGACAAGGCAAAAAACAUCUGUGCUCUUGCUCAUGACUGGGAGAUUGGCCGAGAAGGUGGCAAAAGCAAAAGCAGCACCUGUGCUUCUGCCUUGACGAACUGGGACGAACCAGUUCGUGCCCAUCUCUAGUUCUUGGUCCACUCUUUAUUUAUGCAAUGUUGUUCUGAUUUCUUUCCUACCUCAGUCACUAUGACAUGACUGGUUCUUGUGCAAUAAAGUUCCCAGUUUAUGUUUUCA